ACCAUGUCACCUAGCUGUGUUUGGUGGCGUUAGAGAGGUAGAAGGAGCAAUCUGAUCAUCUCAAAUUCAUAUGUUGUUUUUAAAAAACCUUAUAUUUUUGUGUAUAAGCCCUUCUUUAUGAUUUAUGCCUAUUCCGACGCAAAGCGCUAGAUUGCUUAAAAUAGCAGGGUGGGAGAAAGUUCUAGCAGCAGGAGGAAGUGUUCCGGGUACCAUGACAACGCUAGCAAACUCCAGCUAACUAGGUUAGUUACUCUGCUCAGCCAGGUCAAUAACAACAUUCGCAUUCAGUUAAUGAGCUGUUUUCUCCCUAGUCAACCGCAUUAGCAGGGAUGGUUCAGCUCCAUAUUAAACGAGGAGACGAGAGCCAGUUUCUCUUCACUACCACCGUGGAUGUUUCUGUCGAGACUCUCAUCCAGCAAGUCGCACAGAUCUACAACGGAAGGCUGAAAGUGGACAGGAUUUGCUCUGAAAUGCCAGAACUUGCAGAUCACGGCACCACGCUUCCCCCGAACAUGCAAGGGUUGACCGACGAUCAGAUCACAGACCUGAGACUGAAGGACGAAUGGGAGGAUAAAUGCAUCCCCAGUGGUGGGGCAGAGUUCAAAAAGGACGACAUUGGCCGUAGGAACGGACGCGCUCCCAAUAAAAAAAUGAAAGAGCUUUUGAAAAAGACUAUGGAAGAAGCCAAAGCUUUGAUCUCCAAAAAACAAGUGCAGGCUAACGUGUGCGUGACCAUGGACAUGGUGAAAGCUGCUCUGGACCAGCUGCGAGGUGCAGUCAUGAUUGUUUACCCCAUGGGUCUGCCGCCACACGAUCCCAUCAGGAUGGAGCUCGAAAAUCAGGAGGACCUUUCUGGAACACAGGCUUCCCUAAAGGUGAUCCCAGAGGAGGAGGGACAGCUGUGGUGGGCAGCUAAAGAGAUGCAGCGGGGCAAAAAACUGCAAGAUUACAUUGGAAAAAAUGACAAAACAAAGAUUGUGGUCAAAAUCCAGAAAAGGGGCCAGGGGGCGCCAUCUCGGGAGCCUGUGGUCAGUGAAGAGGAGCAUAAACAGAUGAUGCUACACUACUACAGAAGGCAGGAAGAGCUCAAGAAGCUGGAUGAAACGGAUGACGACUCCUAUUUGCAGUCUGAGUGGGCUGACAGGCAAGCUUUAAAGAGGCAAUUUCAAGGACUUACAAAUAUCAAAUGGGGUCCAAGAUAAAAAGAAUCAAACAUCUUUGACUCAGAACUGUUGUCAUAUUACGUAUGCAGAUUUUGAUGCCUUUUUCACUCAUACAUGAUUAAAGAUGACUUUUUUAAUGCUGUGAAUCUCAAAUCUUCAAACUGUGACUUAUUUUUUGUCGUUUUUGAAUUGUAAGUGGCCUUUUCUUAGUAUUUUUAAAGGCAUAGAGCCCAGCCUGCACUGAAAGAAGGAUGCAACACCUUUCCUCUCUUUGUCCAUGAUGCUGGCACCCGUGCCGCUGAAACCCGAUACUGUUUAUGGACAGGAUGUUGCUGCACAGGCUCCAGGGCUGUGCAGUUAUGCAGAGUGUGUAAGGUUUACUGAACCUUUCAGGCCCUUGAAGGCCAUAGGAAUGGCAUUGGGGUGGUGAGGCGUGGUGCUCUCAGCAAAGUGCUGAGAAGCAGGCAGUGUGGAACAUCGUGCAAAAGAGGAACUCCAUUAUUCAAACUGUUUUCAUGGUCAGAGAUGUUCACUUAUUUUUAGAUAUUGUCUUUAAAGCUGGUAGGUUUGAAAGUUAAAUAAAAGAGUCCUUUACCUUUUAA